UGUCCCCUUCCCUCUCAAUGCAAUAAAGACCCCUUCCAUCAAUACUUUUUGUACCUAUAAAUUCAUCCCCACCCAUUCCACUUCUCUUUCAUGUAAUUCCCUUAUCUCCCUCCACAAGUCACAUUUUCACAACUCAGAAUCACUUAGUUUUCAUCCUCAGUUUAACCAAAAUUAUCGCCUUGAAUUCCAGCAAUUGAAAAAACAAAAUCCUCAGUUCUUCCCCUGUUUUUGGGCUAUUUUCUUGGAAUUUCCCUAAAACAAACCAAUAUGUCCUCCACUGCAAACGUUUGUCAAGUGUUACCAACUUGUUUGGAGCCUUCUUUAGUCGAACCACAAGUUUCGAUGUUUCAAUUGGCUCCUUCUAAACCCGACAUAUCCAUUCCAAGGACUCAGAUGCCAAGUCUAUGUAGCGAAGAAAAUUCUCAUGUCUGUUUAAACAACUAUCCUACUGAAAAGACCCAAAAAAAGGGUGAAUUGGGUGGCUGGAAUUCUAUACAGUCACUCUCCAAAAGUUCUGACACUUCGGAGAACGUCUAUGUGCAUCCACUCGAUAAGCGGGCUCCUUGUGCAAUGAGCACAAAAAGUCUUGAACUGUGCACUGAGAGCUUGGGAUGUGAGACUGGAAGCAAAAUUAACGGAGGCAUGGAUGAAUUUAAUUCUCUUCUAUCAAUGGAGAGAAAAAAACCCAGUGGAAUUCGACAUCGAGAAAUCUCCAAGAAAAAGAGUAAAACCAACAACUUUCCACCUCCAUUGACUUCAAUCACUGGGUCUAAUGGUGUUCAAGUGAGCACUCAUCGCGAAGGGGGCCGGUUAGUGAUAAAGGCCGCCAAUUCAUCUUCUUGCAAUGUUCAUUUCCAAACUGAACGCGAAAAUGGCAGGCUAAGGCUUUCUUUGCCCAAACAAGAUUACUGGCAUUUUAGCAAACACAUGGAGGACGAGAAUGAAGAAGAAAAUGCACUUGAUGAAAAGGACGACGAGGAGGAGGAGGAGGAGGAAGUCAAUGCAUAUGAAACUGAAAACGAGUCGUAUGAUCGUAACAAUGGCGAAGGAGAAGAUGAAUCUGAUCUCAACGGCGGAUUUUGGGGAGAAAAUGGAGAGAGAAUUGGGUGUAAAAUUGGAAGUUCAGAGUGUAGAAGCAGCAGCAGGUGCAAGGAAGAUAGCAAGAGGCUGCCAAGUUUGCAUAUUUGUGUGGCCAUUUCCUAAAAGCUUUCUUUUGGAGCUUACAGCUUUGGAAAAUGGACCCAAAAAAUUAAUAAGUUGUUUUAUGUCUGUUCUAUUUUCCAAUUUCCUAUUUGGCAGUUAUUAUGGUUGUAUUGUUGACUUUCUUGCUUUGGUCUACCAAUGAAUUUUAUAAUUAUGGUAAUCU